CCCCGAAAUCGACACUCAUGCUUACCAUUUGGAAAGAAACACCCACCUCUCGUGAAGCUAUCAUUCAGGACUUGUAGAUAAGAAACACAUCAGCCUGUGGAAGUCCGAGGCUCCAAGCACAUUAUAUCUGUCAAAUACUAAGCCCAGUCUUGGACAGACAAAUUUACCGGUGAAAUGGCUUCCAAUUGCUGGUUUCUACUACCUCUCCUUGUGUUCAUACAGCUUCCCUUCAGUAGUGCCCAUGGCACUCCUGCUACAAGCUCCGUCCACUGUCUUCCAGACCACGCUGCGUCACUCCUGCGGCUGAAGCAAUCAUUCAACUUGGAUGUCUCCGACACCACUCUCCCUUCAUGGCAAGACGGCACCGACUGCUGUCUCUGGGAGGGCGUUGGCUGCGAGGACUUAUCUGGCCAGGUUACUGCCCUUAGCCUCCGCGGUCGAGGUCUGUAUAGCAAAGCGAUCAACAGGGCACUCUUCAACCUCACCUCACUGCAUCAUCUCGACCUCAGCGGGAACAGUUUUGGCGGUUCGCGCCUUCCGGCCGUCGGGUUUGAGAGGCUCUCUCUGCUCACCUACCUCAACCUCUCUGAUGCAUACCUCUGCGGUCAGAUUCCAAUCAGCAUUGGCUACCUCACAAGUCUCCUCUCCCUUGACCUCUCCAACUAUUUCAGCAACAGUAUUUACUCUGAGAAUAUGUUGGUAUUGUUGGAACCGAGUUUUACGGCCUUGCUAGCAAACCUCACCAACCUAAGGGAGCUUUACCUAGAUUAUGUGGAUAUAUCCGCUAGCGGAGAAGAGUGGUGUAAUGCUCUGGCUAGACAUGUUCCACAUCUUGAGAUUCUCAGCUUGAAGGAUUGUGGCCUCAGUGGUCCCAUUGAUGAGUCCCUUUCAAGAGUUCGCUCGCUUAAUGUGAUCAACCUCAACAGAAAUGAUAUAUCUGGAGCAGUUCCGGACUCAUUUGCAGAUUUCCUCAGUCUAAGUGUUCUUCAACUUGGUUAUUGUAAUUUUGAUGGGUUCUUUCCUCCAAGGAUAUUUCAGCUAAAAAAACUGAGUGUUCUUGAUGUGUCCAACAAUCCAAGCAUGUCGGUUCAUCUACCAGAUUUUCUAAAUGGAAGUUCCUUAGAGAUACUAAAUAUGAAAGCAACAAAUGUCUCUACUACAAACCCCAGGUCCUUCAGCAAUCUCAAAUCUCUAGACGAGCUAAGCCUUGAUGGGAAAUAUAGAUACAUCGCAGAGCUUCAUCCAUCAUCAUUUAUGACUUUGCACAAGUUGUAUUUGUCUCAGUUAGGAUCAGAUUCCCAGAUCUCCUGGGUUGGGGACCUCAAGAAAUUAACAAAUUUGGAAAUUUUCAGAAGCAACUUCUCUAGGAGAGCGCCAUCUUGGAUUGGAAAUCUUACGAGCUUGAGGAGCUUGGAAAUUGUUUUGUGCAUCUUCUCUGGGUCUAUACCAUCAGGAAUUCAGAAUCUAAAGAAUUUAAAAUUAUUGACGCUUCAGGAUUGUGGGUUUUCUGGAAGAAUACCAGCCUGGGUUGCUAAUUUAACCCAAUUAUCUUAUUUGGCUCUUGACUCGAAUAAUCUCAGUGGAAAAAUACCAGAUCUUAUAUAUACUCUUCCAGCAUUACAACGCCUGGGUCUUUCAUCAAAUCAACUUUCUGGCAAGCUAAUGGACUUUCCUAUUUCAACUUCUUUGUAUUUGAUCGAACUUUCUGACAAUGAAUUGGGUGGAUCAAUACCUAAGUCACUUUUCGAACUAAAAAGUCUCCAUGCACUCUUUCUCGGCUCUAACAAAUUUAUGGAUCAGGUCGAGCUCAGUUCAUUUUUGAGACUAACGGAUCUCCAAGCAUUAGACCUUUCAAAUAAUAGGUUGUCAGUGGUAGAUGGAGAAGGUUUUGCGCUUUCUUUCACACAUCGGCUUCAACUCUUAUACCUAGCAUCUUGUGGUCUAACUAAAGUUCCUGGUUCCCUGCAAUAUCUGCAUUAUGUCCUUGACGUAGAUAUUUCAAAUAAUCAUAUUUCAGGGGAUAUACCCAAGUGGAUGUGGGAUAACUGGAGUGGUACACUUCAAUAUUUAAACUUGUCACAUAACAUGUUUUCCAGUAUGGAACUUUCUUCAGAUUUCCUUCCUACAGAAAACUUGAUUAGUCUUGAUGUUAGCUCCAAUAGACUUCUGGGAGAGAUUCCUAUGCCACCAAUAAGCCUUAGAGUGGACUUCUUGGACUACUCAUAUAAUAGAUUCUCAUCAAUCAUGAAAAAUUGCACCUCAUGCCUUAGCCAAACCACUUACCUUAAGAUGUCAAAUAACAGGAUAAGUGGAAAGAUUCCUGAGUUUAUUUGCAACGCAAGCAAGCUGCAAGUUCUUGACCUGUCAAAUAACAGCUUCAGUGGAACCAUCCCAUCUUGUGUAAUAGAAAAUGGUCAUCUCGGCAUACUGAACUUGAAGAACAAUCACCUGGAAGGAAGACUAGCUUUAAAUAUUGAGAAGGGAUGUGCUCUUCAGACAAUUAAUUUAAAUGGAAAUAGGAUUGAAGGUCAUCUGCCCCGCUCGCUUACUAAUUGCAAAGACCUGGAGUUUCUUGACAUGGGUAACAACCAAAUUGUCGAUUCUUUUCCAUAUUGGUUAGGGAAGCUUCCCAAGCUUCGUGUUCUUGUCUUGAGAUCCAACCAGCUCCAUGGUUCAAUAGGAAAUUCUCCAGGAGAUGAUAGCUAUGAACAGUUUUCAAGUCUGCAUAUCAUUGAUGUUGCCUCAAACAAUUUGUCUGGCAGUCUGACCUCACAAUGGUUUGAUAAGCUAGAAUCUAUGAUCAAAGGAUCUGAUUUCACAGAAGACAUUAUAAAAACUCAGAAUGUAACAGAAUCCUAUCAAGAUAUUGUCACCGUAACGUUCAGAGGGCAAUACAUAACAUACGAGAAGAUAUGGACCACUCUUACAAUGGUCGACUUCUCAGAUAACGCAUUCAGGGGUGUCAUUCCUGAAUCAGUUGGAAAGCUUGCUCAGCUUCAUGGACUGAACUUGUCGCACAACACACUGACAGGAGAAAUUCCACCAGAACUUGGUAGUAUGACUAAUCUGGAGUCACUGGACCUAUCUUCAAACGGGCUUUCUGGGAAGAUCCCGGAGGAGCUGACAAACCUUACCUCUCUUGGCACCUUGAAUUUGUCCAACAACCAGCUGAUGGGAAAAAUUCCAGAAAUGCGUCAAUUUGGAACAUUUCAGAAGAAUUCAUAUUUUGGGAACACAGGAUUAUGCGGAGCUCCCUUGUCCAUACAGUGUGGUAGCACAGAUGGUCCAGUUGAGGCAAGUCGAAGCAAUUCCUCGGGUCAUGUUGAUGUCAUUUUGUUUCUCUUUGUUGGCUUGGGAUUUGGCUUCGGGUUCGCAGCUGCUAUCGUGGUGAAAUGGCGCCGUAUCGGCGAAUGGUACAACACUAUGGUCACUUCACGAGGCUGAUAUGCAAGACAACAAGAACAUAUUUGUACACAGUUCCGUGCAAUGCUGAAAUGCCUAUACUGUAAUUUGUAGUACUUCUGAAGUACUGUCAUGCUUUUUUGCUUCUGUCAUUGGUAUUGCCAAUUUGUAAUAAAACGCCUCUAUGCGUUUUUACUACUUCUGAAGUAGUGGCAUGCUUUAUUUUCUACUCAUAUUUUGUAAGAAAUUAAAUAUCCAAUCAAACCUUUAAUAAAAAUCCUUUGUUUUCCA